UCAUCUUGGUGGCAGCGUCAGGAUUAAUUCUCAUAGAGAUUCCCCCGAUGGAUCCUGUUACGAUCCUGUCACUUCUUGUUGGUGUUUGUUCCCUGGCAUUCACUGUCGGAAAGACAAUAUGGGACGAACGAAAGCAGAGAUCUUCUGAUGCGAAGAAGUCGGAGCCCAACUUCAAAAACUUGAAUUUAGAAUUAUAUGGGCUGCUUCAUUUAGCGACGGAAAUGGAGAGGAAAGCCGAUGAACUUGGAGAAACCUCUGACCAGGAGUACAAAUUCUGGAGAAACACAAGAAUAGCAGAGAUAAGUAAUGAAGCAGCAACGUUGGUUAGCCAGUAUAAACUGGAAAGAAAGAACUUGUCUAAGAAGAAGCUUGCAGAACUCAGUAAAAAAAUGGAGGACUGUGCAGACAGAGUUAGAAGACUGCGUGAAGAUGCUGAUGCAUUUCUGUCUAGAUUUGAGAAGAAAUAUAGAAAUAAGAAGAUUUCAAGUAAAAAAAAGCAACCCAGAAAAGAAAAAUAACUUGAUCCUUGUGUCGGUGAUCGGAAGAUUAAUCUCCUGAAAUUCUACUGAAUAAGAUUUAAUAUGAACCAGCAGAUCUUAAACGUCCCACUUAUGAUUUGCUGCAAUUUAGAAAUGGCCAUUGUAGAGGUUAGGGUUUCACCUUUCAUAAAAAAAAACCAGCUGGUCAACUAGAAUAAUUGUUUAUUCUUCUUGUUGCGAGUUGUGUUCAUUUUAUGUUAAUUAUUUAUUAAAGAAGAGUUUUCUUUUUU